AUGGCAGCCAAGGCGAUCAGACCUAGGAGCGGACUUCAACCCGGAGUGGUACAGCGGCACGAGCGUCGGCACGCCGGAUCCAAGGACGCCCCCAGAGCGGCACAGCAGCGCCCAACAAGCGCCCAGCGAUCGGCGUCAGUGCACCACCAGCGGCACCCACCCACGUGCCCACCAGGAGCACGCACAGCGCGGCCACCGCGCCCUCAGCAGCGUCACCCGCGCCGCCAGCCGCGCCGUGCAGUGCCACCCACGUGGCCAUCAGGUGCCCACAGAGCGCCACCAGCAGCGCCAACAGCAGCGCCAACCGCGCCGGACACGUGGUCACCAGCCACACAACAAGCGUCACCAGGAGCGCGCAACGAGCGGCCCCGCGCCCUCAGCAGCGUUCAGCGUCCAUCGGGCGGCGUCAUUUGCACCACCGAGCGCCACCAGCAGCGCCCACAGCAGCGUCCUCAGCGGCAUCCGCGCCCAACGCACAGCCCCACGAGUGGCUACCACCGAGCGCCAUCAAGCAGGGCAACAGUCGUGCCCACCGAGCGCUCACCACACCGAUCAGCGCUGCCGCGCAUCAGUCGCGCCACGGGAAACGCCCACCACGUGCUCACCAGGAGUGCCCAACAGGCGCCAUCAGCAGCGCCAACCGAGCGCCAAUCACCGCGCCCACAGCAGCGCCCAUCAGCAGCGCCCAGCCGCGCCCUCAGCAGCGCCAACCGUGCCGGAUACGUGGUCACUAGCCACGCUACGAGCGCCACCAGGAGCGCCCAACGAUCGGCGCUGCCGCUCACCAGCCGCACUCACCGAGCGCCAACGGGAGCGCUAGCCGCAACCACAUCGGUCAGCCAGUGCCGCACGUCAGCAGCACCUGCCGUGCGCCCAGCGCCCAGUCAUGCCACUAGGAGCGCUCACCGAGUGAUCCCCAGCAGAGCCAUCGGCAGCGCCACCGCGCGUAUGCCCAGUGUCUCGGGAAAGAAAACGUCAGAGGACGCAGAAUCAAAGCCUGAUCCGGCAGCUGCCGGACUGGAAGACGACAGGUUUUUCACCGCAUCCGGGGGUGAUUCCACGACCGCAAACAUGGAAGGACGAGCUGCAGGCUCUGCUAAAAGAGUUUGGACUUGA